AUGGAAGAGGGUGAAUUUUAUGCAAUUGAGACUUUUGGAUCCACAGGGAAAGGAUAUGUCAGAGAAGACCUUGAAUGCAGCCAUUACAUGAAGAACUUUGAUGCCGGUCAUGUCCCACUACGGUUGCCCAGAGCCAAACAACUUUUAGCUACUAUUAAUAAGAAUUUCUCGACAUUGGCUUUCUGCAGACGUUAUCUAGACCGCAUUGGGGAAACAAAGUAUUUGAUGGCACUAAAGAAUUUGUGUGAUGCUGGUAUUGUUCAGCCAUGCCCUCCUCUUUGUGAUAAUAAGGGCAGCUAUGUUUCUCAAUCCGAGCACACAAUUUUGCUUCGCCCGACGUGCAAAGAAGUUGUGUCAAGAGGGGAUGACUACUGA